AUUUAUCCAACAAAUAUGAGGGGCUCCAGUCCAACUUAUGGCGGCAUAAAUAGGAUAGGAUUUGUGUUGGGCUCUGUUUGUGAGGAUGCCACAAACAUCAAGCCCACCAAAAAGCUACAUGCUUUUCUGACCUUUGCAAAUUGCCUGCCGAGAGAGCAGAGACUUUGGAGAGAGAUGGACGACAGCAGCGAGUCGCCUGCUACAACCCUAAACUCAAACAAUGGAGGAGAACCCAUAAUGGAAGAACAUAAACCUAAGCUGGUAGUAAUAAUGGGUCCAACUGGCUCUGGAAAAUCACGUUUAGCCAUCGAUUUAGCCACCCAUUUUCCUAUCGAAAUCAUCAACGCUGAUUCCAUGCAAGUCUAUCAAGGUCUUGAUGUCCUCACCAAUAAAGUCCCCCUCCGUGAACAAAAUGGAGUGCCACAUCAUCUUUUGGGUACUGUUAGCUCAGAUGUGGAAUUCACGGCUAAAAAGUUCAGGGAUUCUGCUAUUCCUAUUAUUAGUGACAUAUUAUCUCGCAACCAUUUGCCAGUCAUUGUUGGAGGCACCAAUUACUAUAUUCAGGCAGUUAUGAGUUCGUUCCUUCUUGAUGAAUCAGUAGAAGAUAUGUCUGAAACCUACUCAAGGGACCAUCCUGGAAAUGAGCAGACCAAUCAUAUGCCUGACAUCCUUGGAGACAGUUGCAAUUAUAGCUAUGAUCUUCUUAAAGAACUUGAUCCAGUUGCAGCAGACAGAAUUCAUCCAAAUAAUCAUAGAAAAAUUAAUCUAUACCUUAGUCUUUAUGCUCGUUCUGGUGUUCUUCCCAGCAAACUUUAUCAGGGAAAGGCUGCAGAGAACUGGGGCCGAGUUAAUAAUUCUAGAUAUCGUUGCUGUUUUAUAUGCAUCGAUGCUGCCUUACCUGUGCUGGACCAGUAUGUGGAACACAGGGUAGACUGCAUGAUAGAUGCUGGUUUGCUCAAUGAAGUGUAUGACAUUUACAAUCCAAAUGGAAAUUAUACUCUAGGUUUGCGACAGGCCAUAGGUGUUCGAGAAUUUGAGAAUUUUCUUCAGGCUUACUUUUCUGACAGCAUGGAUGAUGAGACAAGUGAUUCUUCUGAUGGAACUCUUCUAAAGCUGUCAACAAGGAUUGAUGAUAAAUUGUUCAAAGAAAAUACUAGGGGAAUACUAAAUUCCUCUUGUGAUAACCCCCAAAAAGUUCUGUUAGAAGAAGCCAUUGACAAAGUAAAAGCAAACACCCGGAGACUUGUUCGUCGUCAAAAAAGGAGGGUCAAUCAACUUCAGACAUUGUUUGGAUGGAAUAUUAGUUAUGUUGAUGCAACAGAAUCUAUAUCAAAGAAAUCAGAUGAGUGUUGGGCAGUGCAAGUGGUUGGACCUGCUGUGAAAAUGAUUAGAUCAUUCCUCAAUAAAGAUGAUAGUAAUGGGCAAACUCCGGAUGGUGAAAGUAAAACUUCAACGGAUACAGUCCAGAGGGACUUGUGGACUCAAUACAUAUGCAAGGCCUGCGGAGAUAGGAUACUAAGAGGAGCCCAUGAGUGGGAACAACAUAAACAGGGUCGUGGGCAUCGAAAACGGAUGUUGAGCCUUCGAAAGUCUCGAAGUUCCUCACUGGCGUAGAUCAGCAAGAGGAACAUCUGAGUUUGUAACAUUUACUCUUUUCCAACAGGAUACCAUUGUAGCCUAUUAAUUUGUGAUUCCAAGAACCAAAAUUGUAGACUCUCAUGUUUUACAUGAAUCUGAUUUAUGUGGGUAGUUAGUCA